CCCACCCCAUCACCACCACCUCUCCCCCGCCUGCCACGCGCUACUCAUGGAAAGACGCUUUCGAUGAGCCAGCAACACCCCUGGGGCCCGAGACCAAACACAAGCACACGUCCCACGCCCAUCUCGACCGCAAUUGCCCACGAGCAGCGCAACACCAGCACGCCCUCGCCCACCAGCUCGCGGCCCAGCCAGUCGCCCGCCACGUCCAACUUCCCCUCCCUUCCGCCCGCCUCGGUGUCAUCGCGCCUGGCCAGGUCCCGCAAGUCGUCGGCCGCCUCGAUAACUUCGUCGCCCUUCCCGCCCGCCGCAGGACAGCAGCUCCCCGCCAGCCAGCUGCUGUCCUCUCGAGGAUCCAGGACCAUAGCGCCCCACGCUGCCUCGCAACUGGCUUCCUCCGCCGCAGCCGCUACCAACGGCGCCGGUGCACAGUCAAGUAGCGGCGGAGGAGCCUCCAAGCUUGUCCGCGCCUCGCCCUCGCUCUCCACCUCGAGCACCACGGGCUCGCCUAGCACCGCCAGCAACCCGUCCGGCGCGUCCUCGCAGAACCUCUCCCGCAUUGUCAUCGCCCAGAUAUUCCUGCUGCUCAGUCAGUUCGGCCCCGUAAAGGACGACAAAGACCGCGCCAAGUGGGACACGCAAACCGAGCAGAUCAGGAAGCUGGUCGACUCCAACGGCAUGGAGGUCUUUUCCAAAUACUUCCGCCGCGUGCUGCAGAACAAUGCAGCCACCAUCUUCGGCACCGGCGCCCGCAACGCCGACUCCAACGGCAGCUACCAGAUCCUCCUCACCGAGGUGCACAAGAUACGGAAGGAGCCCGAGCAGGCAGACAAGAUUGCAGAGUCAAUUAGCUCCAGUGAGGGUGACCUGUUCCGCGACUUCGAUCUCGCCGCCUUCAUAGCCCACUUCAAGCUCGACUCUGUCGCAAAGACGAUGCUAGCCCUCGCUUGCAGGAAGACAGAUCUCCGGACCAAAGGCGACGACCUGCUAAUGGCCGUUGCGCAACCCACUCAACCAGAGGACAUGAGCCACGAAUACCUCGCCGCCCUCGUCGAACGCCUACUACAAGACCCGCCACAGGGGUGGGACGAAGAGAAGAAGAUGAGCCUCGCGUACGCCGUCCAGAUGCGAUACCAGCAGACACAUCAACAGAUCCCCGGCAUCGUCGAAUCGAAGCUGAUACUCGUCGAGCUCACGGACGGCUCGCGGAACCCGCUGGUCAAGCUUGUAAGACAGGCAGGUCCGCAAGGCACAGCUACGGUGGAGGCAUGCAAAGAGGUGCUCGCGUCGGCUGAAACGCGCGACAUUAGCUACCAGCAAGUCGCGGCGGUGCUCCUCUACCUCGCCCUCUCCACCGGAUACAACGCCAAGAACUUUGUAGCCGCACUGCGCGAACAUCGGACCGGACAGCGAAUAGACUGGCAGGACGUUGUUUUGGCAUUCGACCGCGAUCACCUGCGCAUCGAGCGCCACCAGUUUCUGGCCAUAUACAACGCGCUGCUCCCCGUGGCCCAAGACAGCGAGAAGUUUGACAUACAGGCACUAUGGGGAGGACAAUGGCAACACGACUUGACGCAGCUGUACUUUGUAGUCGCCUUCCUGUCUUCUACACGACAAGAGCUGGACGUUACCCAGAUUCCCAGGUUGCGCACUUCGUACUCGAUGAAGACGUUUGAAAACGCCUCCGACGACGCCAAGUCGUUCGCAGAAGAAGCCGUCAAGCACCCCUUUGUUUCGCUCGACGCGACCGCCGCGCUAUUCAACAUGAUUUUCCAGACAUCCGAGACGUAUCACACCGCACAGCUCAUGGGCAUACCCGACUUGGUGAUUAAUCCACACACAGCGGAGUUCCUGGUAGCGGCAGCGGCAGUACCAAAACCCUGGGGUGCCUUGCAGGAACAAGCACUGAAACAGCUGUUUGAUCCCUACUUCCAGAAGAAGCUGCCCAUAUACAACUUUGUCCUCUAUGGUCUUUGGAAGCAGGAUUUCCAAUGGCUUACAGAUCGCUUUGUUGACGCAUACAACGCCGAUUCGAUGACCCUUACCCUGGUGCUCGAACACGCCGAGACGAACAACUGGUUAGAGCAACUGAUUCGCAGUAAUACUGACAUCAGCUUGGACCUGGCUGCACAAGCUCAUGCGCGCGGCAAGUUUGACCUCCAGCCCUGGCUGGAGCAGACAUUCGACCAGGCAGGACCACUUUUCCGUCGCAUCCUGACUAACUUUCUGAGUGCGCGGGCUGCGGAAGAAAUGCAACGAGCACGAGACGACCAUCUACCUCUCAAUCUGCCACUCGCAGUGAAGACAGUAUACCCAUUGCUUGGAUUCCUCUCAGACUGCGGUCUGCCCGAGCCUGAGCUGCUGCCCCUCCAAAGGAACUGCAUUCAGGCGUACCCGCGAUUAAUUAACUAUGGCGAAGGCGUGGAUGACAUCAUCGACGCCAACGGGCAGAAUGGAAACUCGCUUCCAGACGAUGCCGACAAGAAGAUGCAGGAGCAUUUCAAGAACAUGUACAGCGGCGAUAGCGACGAACUGUUCGCAUGCAUGAUUCAUGGCCUUUUCGACGAGUACAACUGCUUCGGGGAAUAUCCUCUAGAAGCCUUAGCCACGACUGCUGUGCUUUUCGGAGGUAUCAUCAACUUCAACCUCUUGUCCCGAAUUGCACUCCAGGUUGGAUUGGCUAUGGUUCUAGAAGCUGUUCAGGAAUACAGACCCGAAGACAGUAUGUACAAGUUUGGUCUCCAAGCUCUGAUUCAUUUCUCGAACCGACUUUCUGAAUGGCCUAACUACUGCGAUCAGCUUCUCAUUGUCCCCGGGCUCCAAGGAACUGAGAUUUUUAUCAAAGCUGAAGAAGUCGUAGGUCAGCAGCUCGGUGAAGUGAACGGUGAGGGCCACAACGGCAUAGGCAUGACGAACGGUAACGGCAUCGAUGAAGCUCUGCACCAGGAGCCGGCUGUACCCAAGUUCUCCUGCCUCUACGUCGACCCCCCUCUCCGCCCUGAGCUCUACGAGGAUCCAGACGAGGAUGUGCAGGACAAGGUUUUGUUCGUAUUGAACAACGUUUCCGAGCGUAAUCUGCGCGAUAAGAUCAACGACCUCACUGAAGCCGUCGAAGAAAGGCAUCACCAAUGGUUCGCAAACUAUCUCGUCGAGGAGCGUGCUAAGAUGCAGCCCAACUUCCAGCAGCUGUACCUCGAUAUGCUCGACCUCUUCAACGACAAGACACUCUGGGCCGAGGUGCUCCGUGAGACGUACUCAAGCGUCAUUCGCAUGCUCAAUACCGACUCAACGCUGGGCUCUACAGAGCGUGGCCAUCUUAAGAAUUUGGGCUCUUGGCUUGGUUCACUGACAAUCGCCCGCGACCAGCCGAUCAAGUUCCGUAACAUUUCGUUCAAGGAUCUGUUGCACGAGGGCUAUGACACCGACCGUCUUCUGCUUGUGAUUCCCUUUACCUGCAAGGUACUUGUACAGGCUCAAAAGUCUACAAUCUUCAAGCCCCCCAAUCCUUGGCUUAUGGAAAUGUUGGGAGUGCUUAUGGAACUCUACCACUUCGCCGAUCUGAAACUUAACCAGAAAUUCGAGAUCGAAGUUCUUUGCAAAGGCUUGGAACUUGAUCACAAGGACAUUGAUCCUACAAACAGUAUCCGAGGACGACCACCAGCGGAUGAGGAAUUCCUUGGAUCUAUGGUUACUGACGGAAUGGAAGCGUUUGGCGAUCUUUCCAUUAUGAGCCUGAACCGUGGCACCCGAGGUCCCAACGAGCGCUUCUCGUCAGCGGCAAUCACCGCAGCUCUGCCCGACUUCACGAACCAGCUCCAGUACCCACCGUCUGGAAACAGUGCGGUCCCUCCAGCGGCACUGAAGAAGAUCUUCCUCACUGCUGUCAAUCAAGCCAUCCAGGAGAUCAUUGCACCUGUAGUAGAGCGCUCCGUUACCAUCGCCGCCAUCUCGACAUCGCAGUUGAUCAACAAAGACUUUGCCAUGGAACCAGAUGAGGAGAAGCUCCGCAACGCAGCACACACUGUCGUGAAGGCUCUCUCCGGCGCGUUGGCUCUCGUUACCUGCAAAGAGCCAUUACGCAUGAGUAUCCAGAACAACAUUCGCGUGACCGCCCGAGACCUCCCCGACCAAGCUCUGCCAGAGGGGCAUAUCCUUAUGUUUGUCAACGACAACCUUGAUCUAAUGUCGUCUCUCGCAGAGAUUGACAUGCAGAUUGAGGAUGCCGUCCGCGUGCGCCGAAUGUUCCGCAGUUCCCGCCCGAAUGAGCCUUUCAAGGAUGCGAACAUCAGUCCGUGGGCGUUCUAUAUCCCUGAACCGUACAAGCAGAUGCCUGGUGGUCUGAAUCGCGAACAACUGGCCAUCUACGAGGAGUUUGGUAGACAAUCGCGAGGUGCUAGUCACGUUAACAACGCCUCUCAAGACGGUGGACGUCAGCUCCCAGACGUUCUCCAAGACCAAUUCGCGGCGGUACCGAACCUCCCAACUCCGGGUGCUGCGCCGGCAGAGCCGCGUCAACCCACACAGCAACCCCGGCUACAGAGCCUCCAGACACCCCAUGCACCCUUGGCGCAACAACAACCCAACGGCUAUAUGGAGGCUCCAGGUCUAGAGCGCGGCCAGCGUGGUGUUGAGGACCUCCUGCUUGAGCUCACUCGUGUCAUCAAGGAGGCACCAGAGGAACGCAUCAGUGAACUUCAGCCUGGUAACAGCACUGUUCACCAAGUCUUCGAUCAGCUCAUCACAAGCGUUGAGUAUGCAGGACCCAACAAAGAGACGUGGGCUUUCCGCAUUGCAGGCCAGGUCACGAACCACCUCUUCUCCGACUCUUUGAGUCGUUUGGAGGUUGAGGUCAUGGCGCAUCUGCUGAGCCAUCUCUGCCAGUUGUCCGUCCAGACUUCGCGGCAGGUACUCAUGUGGCUGGCGACUCUGCACGACGAUGACAGAAUCUUCAAGUCCACGGUCAUGAUCGCUCUGAUGGAGGUCAGCCUGAUGGACAUGCACCGUCUGAACACGACUAUCGCCAAAGCCAUUCAAGAACGACGCGUCGCUGCAGUAGAGAUGCUGUCCAGUUUGAUGGAGGAACUCCUACUCAACGACCACCCGAGUGCGUUCCGUGCCGACUUCGCCAUGUCAAUCGACGCUCUUACUACCUGGCUAGCAGAGGACCCAUCCUUUGAGCUUGGAAAACGCGUCAUCGCCAACCUGCAGCCAUCCUCCAACGAGUCAAUGCUUACACCGCCGCCGUCUGGGCACAAGGAUCAGCUUGAGUAUGUGUUCGAUGAGUGGGUACAUCUCCAGAUGGAACCCAUGCCGAAGAAGACAGUCGGCGCUUUCAUCUACCAGCUCCAUCAACAGAGAGUGAUGGAGACUCAAGAGUCCUCAGUUGCUUUCAUCCGCACCUGCAUUGACUCUUCAGUGUCCGCAUACGAACAGGAACACUCAGUGCCGUUCGGUAACGGUAACGAAGACAUUGCAACAGUCAAGAUCGAUGCGCUUGGUCGGUUGGUCGUCGAUCUCGUCGUCUACCAAGGCGAGCAGGACGGAGCUGUCAAAGAAAGCAAAGCAAGGUACCUGGAUCAGAUACUCGUCGUGGUAGUGCUCGUUCUUUGCAACCAUCACAGCACACGAGGCGAUGCCUUCAACCAGAAGGUCUUCUUCCGCCUGUUCUCUGCCAUCCUUUUCCACCUGAACGAUGCGGUAAAGGAAGAAGCUUUAGCAGACCAGAAGGCCGAUGUCUUCCUUGCAGUUGCUAGGGCUCUCCUGGUCAUCCAACCCUCGCACAUCCAACGGUUUACGUUCUCUUGGCUGGCACUAGUUGCUCAUCGCAUCUUUGUGCCUGCCAUGUUGGAAGAGGGUCAGGGAGACAAGCGAUGGGACGUCUACGCUCAGCUUGUGGAGACACUUUUGAUUUUUACCGGAAAACUCAUCAAGCCAACUGGAGAAACUGUCAUGGCUGAACAGUUCUACCGAGGUGUUUUGCGAGUUCUACUGGUGAUCCACCAUGACUUCCCCGAGUUCCUAGUCGAGAAUCACUUCCGAUUCUGCAACAGCAUCCCUAUGCACUGCACGCAAUUGCGCAAUCUAAUCGUCAGUGCCUACCCUUCCACCAUCCUCGAGAUGCCAGACCCGUUCACGGCUGGGCUCAAGGCCGACCGACUGGAGCACGACCUUCAAGCACCAGUCAUCCGUGCCGAUAUCGCGCAGGUACUUUCCGAUGCGGGUAUCAAGGGUGCCAUAGACAAUCUCCUCAAAGGCUCGGAUCUGAAGAACCAGGAUGUGGACAAAGUGUGUCAAGCUGUUUACUACGCAGAGGCUCAGUCGCCAGCUUUUGAGCUCGUUUCAACCACCGCAAACCCCACGUUGAUCCACGCGAUCACUCUGUACAUCGGUAUUUCAUCUCUAGGUACCGGCCCAGCCAGCGUACCGAUCUUUGACGCGGAGAGCCCAGCCACCAAGGUCAUUGAGAGGCUCGUCAAGGACUUCCAUCCUGAAGCCAGGUUCCACUUUAUCAGCGCCAUCGCGAACCAGCUCCGCUUCCCGAACACGCAUACUCACUUCUACAGCUACACGCUGCUACACCUUUUCGGACCCCCGAACGACGAUUCGUUGGCGUUGGAGAUCCAAGAGACGAUCACCCGAGUGUUGUUGGAGCGCCUGUUGGUCCACCGUCCUCACCCAUGGGGACUUAUCAUCACCUUGUUGGAAAUUCUGAAGAACCCAACAUACACGUUCUGGGACUUGCCGUUUGUCAAAGCGGCUCCUGAAGUACGUAAUCUUCUUAUUACUCUUCUGUCCAAUCAUACUGACUCGUCUUCUCUUGAAGGUUGA